CUUCAAUUUUUAAACUCGCUUUUAAGUUCUCAUGUCUGCAGGACCAUCGCAACGGAAACGGAAAGCAGGUGGUUCAAAAAACUCUGAAGAUGCCCAUCUUACAUUCAAAACACCAGCUGAGAUUGACAGAGCUCUUGCUGUCGGAGGAAACGUAGAUGGAGUCGUUAAAGUUCUAUUCGAUGGCAAUUUCAGCACACUGGAGCCCACCAAAUUACUCUCAAUCAGUGGCUCAAAUCAACUUCUGCUGAGGCUCUAUUAAAUCUUUGGGAGCAAUUGGAAAGCGAAGGAGCGUACGGAAAAGUCCUCUCCAUGAUAAUCUCCCUCCUGUGCAUCAUUUUGCGACACCUUUAUGCAUCUUCAGAUGGUGACAAUCGACUGGCUCGCACCUUGCUUUCACCGGAACGCGUCGCCAAACUCAAUGUGUAUCUGGCAGGAAGAAAUCUCAACCGGAACGGACUGAACACUCAGAAUGCUACUUUGACUGUAGAAACAUUGAAUCUUCUGGCUGCUCUUGCAGCUUGGGAUCCGAAGACUGUUUUGGAGAGUUUACGAUGGGAUAUGGAAUCAUUUUCCCGUAUCCUGCGUGGUUCUCGAAACCGCAAAGACGGGAAAGGUAAAGGCGACGAAAAAUCAAAACACCGUUACCAUGCUGAAUCACGCUCCCGAGCCUCUCUUCUGUCCCUGGUAACUGCGAUGCUCUCCGAAAAUGUCUCAGCACGCGUCAAGAGCGCAUUUUUGGCUCCAGGAACACCUACUUUGUCUUUGCUGCAAAACAUCCUGUCUGGAGUUGGCGAUUCGUAUGAUGAAGAUUACCAUGCAUAUUCAUAUCCACAAAUCAAGAAUCUGCUCGAGACGUUAUACGCUGGAGUUUGGUGCGAUAAACGCGUGACAAAGAGUGUCAAAGUGAACAUAUUUACGUUUGGGUCAAGUCACAGAACUGGAAUGAGGACUGAGGGCGUUCGGGAUGUCAAGCGAGCCGGAGAGAGGGUGUGGAAGGGGCUUCUGACCCUUUAUACCCGUACGGAGCACGAAUCUUCCUUUCAUGACAUUGAUGAAGGAAAACAAACAUCAGAUGAUCAUGCUGAUGAAGGCGGUAUUCCUGCAGAUCUUAUUCACCAUUUCCUCCUUGCUCUAUGCACCCGUCCCGGCCAGGGUGUGUGCUUUCGUGAUCAGGGAUGGUAUUCACCCAAUCACAAUAACAAAACUUCAUUCGAGGAUGAGAUCAACCACGAUGAAGCGCACUCACACUCAAAUAACGUACAUUCAUCCUUCCGGCUUGACGAAGGUCCUCAAAAAAGCUCCAGAUAUACUAUCUACAAUCCCCUCCUUCUACGCGCUCUGCGACUCCUUACUCCGAUGGCGGAUCCACGACAACAAGAGCUUGCUGCUCGAAUCUUCGAAGCAUGUCCCGAACUAGUUGCUUCGUGCCCUGACAUCAUUUCUGGUGGUCCUGGGGCACUCGAUCCAAAGCUCAACGCACGCUGGAUGAUAGGCAUGGCUUGGUAUGGUCGGGUCGCUGGGCUGCCUGUGCCAGAGGAGUCAUUUUAUCUGCCUGCGACUGGUGGUUCGAUUACUAUUCAGACGCCACGUUUGGAACCUCCCCCCUUACGCAGUGUCGUGGAAAGCAUAAUGCCUUCAUUUUCUGGCGGAGGGAACAAAUCUCUCCUCACGAAGGCUUUAGGCACAGGAGGCGCAACGGAGAAUCGAGCCACUCAAGAUUCCACCGAUCAGAAUAUUGGGAACGGGUUGGGGCUAGUCCAGCACAUAACGUCCCUCACUUUAUGUCGUUGCCUCAGAAAGCUCAUGCAGGUACAGGCAGCAUUCCUCCAAGCCGCUCGAGCCGCCGGGGAAUUAGAGGCGGACGCACAAAUGGGCAACUCACAUGUAGGAGACAGCGAAUAUACUUCGGGUGCCUGGACUCGCCGGCUGACAGAGGUGACCAGAGAGGUUCGGGCCCGAUUACCUGAUAUCCAGUUCGUCCUGGCUUUCUUGAAACGUAUUGAGGCUGCUGCAUCACCACAGGCGGGAUCCCUUUCCGUUUCGUCGACAAUAAGGACAGCAAAUCCUACCGCUCUUACGCUUCUUUCUGAAAGUGCACAUCGACUUGUUUGGCUGUAUCAUGCCUGCUUCGUGUCUGCAUCUUCCCCGAACACACCUGAAGGACUCGGGAGGUUUGAUGUUGGCGGUUUAAUGGCGAAUCUUAGCAUAUUUUCUGCUGAAGAACCGAAUAAGCAAGAGGUGAUUGUGGUAGCUAGUGAACUUGAUGGGCUGCAAAUGAUAAAAGACAUUCAUAUCAUUCGGACCCUCCGCUUGAGCGGAGAGUUUGGCUCGCGUGCAUUUGGAAAAAUUGGAAAUCUCAAGCUUACGCCGUUCCAUCUUUUGCUCCAGGCGUUCGCGCGAGGUUCAGUGUCCCGCGACGGCAGGAAAGUUGGUCACCACGUGCUUUUAAAUGAGAUAUGUGGGCUGUUGGAGCAGGUCCUCGCGCAAAGUCUGCUCUUCCGUCAUAACGAGGGGAUGGACAGCCGAUACCGCGACGGAGCAGAGGAGGAGGCGGACACUAUCGUCACAUUUUUGGAUGAGUGUGUCCAACGAUGCACGCGGACUCCAGAACGAUACCUUGAUGCACUCGAAGAAGUACGUGACGCGAAUAUAUCUAACAUACCCCGAUGGUCCGAGGAUACUACUCCAGGCGUACUUCCUAGUCCAUUACUCAUGACAUUAUUGGAGCAACUAGGCCAUCGAAUUCACGCUACAUCUAUACAAGAACAGCAACAGUCGUUCGAUUCCGCGAUAUGCUCCCUGCGCGCUCUUCUUUCGUUCGUAAAAAGACUUUUUGUUCGACUUGCUGCUCUUUGCGAGCCCCGGGCGCUUCCGGUGCUUCGAGCACUUGCGGAGAAAGUUACUAUUGGAAAAAACUUGGAGGAUGUGACGAAAAGCGACCUUUUAGGCUUUGCACAGACGGAAAUUUCACAUUUACGAACGCUACUUGAGUUCAACCAUACGUGCUCGGGACUGGGCCACAUUACAGUAGAUCCUGAUUUUCGCGGACCUGAAUCUGGUAAUGAAGGCUUCGAAAUCUUAUUUGCCGAACGAUGCAGUGCUGUCAGGCUUGCAGAUCCAAGUUGGCGCUCAAAGAUUGUAGACAAAAUUUUUGUUGGAUCUGGAGCUGUCCGGAAAAUUGAGACCACAAAACGAGUGUCGACUAUCCUUCACGCAACGCGCCUCAUUUCACAUAGUCUGCUCGCACUCAGAGACUCGCAUGAAAAUCGUGACGACUACAUGCAAUCACUUAUUUUAUUACUUGCGGAACUGAUGGCCAAAUCCGACGAAUCCAGCGAACUUUCAUUGCCCAUGAAACAGCUAGUUACGGAAUACGUGUUCUGUGGAAAUGAGGUCUACAAAAAGUUUUGGACCAGCGAAGAAAGUCAAGGUGCUACGCAAGCAAUCGACUAUCUUCUUUGCAAUAGUGGGCUCAAUGAUUCCGAGGCUGCUGAUCGUGCUCUACUGGGAGAGAUCUCGGAGCACUGGGUGUCAUAUCUACACACACAACUGCAGAAUCCAACACCGGGGUCAUUGAAUACUGACUCGGUCAAGACAGGUCCAAAAUUUGCAUUGGCUCUUAUGUGGCUCCGAUAUGCGCAUCCUCGUGCUCUUUGUGACCUCUUUGAUCUGGCAUAUUCAUACCGGUCCCAACCUGCAGUCUCAGAGAUUGCGAAGUCCUUGAUCUCGAGCACUGUAGAAACGUUAGGUCGGCACGCAAGGAUGGUUUCUGCCGUGGAAACAUAUAUGGAUUCCGAGCCUUUUGUGUUCGCAGUGGAACUCAGGCAUCGACUUUCCGUUUUAUUGACCCUCUCCUCAGAAGGCCAUUUCGACUCAGCUGUGCUUGAAGAGUUGAUUUCGUAUGCGCUGCAGUCGCGGCUACCAAUUGGUUACGACGGUGUCCUGUCGUCGUUAUUGGUUCAACAUUCCAUCCAUUCUCGACGUCGUCAUCAUUGGAAGCAACGCCUCGGAAAUGUUCAGAAUAUGCCCAACUCGGAUGUAUUCGAGCAGCAUUAUUUUUCUCACAACAGUGUCAUUACCUGGUCAGAUACCACAUCAAAGGUUGUCUGCAGUGCAAUAUACAGCGGAUGCAUCGAACUUGCCGCAAUGAACAAGUGGUUGAUUAGCCUGAGUAGGGCUCCUACCGACGCGAUUACAAUUGCGACAAAACAUCUGGUACCUAUUCUACAUGCCCACCUUGACUGUGUGUGUGUUUCUGGAGCCUUAUCUAGUAUGAACGAUGAGCAGAGGAGAGAAUUUUGGCAAGCUUAUGAAGCCCAUUUCUCGUCGCUCCUAGAUCUUGCAUUUUGCACUUUGCCGACACUCUCCGCAGAGACACAGAUAUUAUGCGGCAUAUGCAUGUGCAAUCUAUUGGAUCUGAGUGAUGCUCACCCCUCAAACCAUAGACAAAAGUUGACACGUUCUUUGAUGGAGCGUAUUCGAGCGUUGUCAAUGGAUGAGAUGUCGUUAGAGCUAUUAGCAAUCGGAAAGAGAUGUGGUCGUUGUCUCGAUGAAGGGUUCAGCGAAGUCGGAGAUGCUAUUAUUGACCACGCUCUGCAAUGGACCGUGAGGAUGCUUACUGGAUGUCGGGAGAUUCGGGAAAAUGAUAUAUGGCUUUUAUCUGAACUCGCCAAUGUUAUUGGAACGAAGUCCACAAUAAAGUCGCAUUUGGUGGAGCCAGUGCUCACUGCCGUCGUGCGUGAGCACCCAUACAGCGAAUCCGCCUUAAAUUUACUCGACGUGAUGCUACCGAAAGCAGGCCUAAAGCCCUUGAUUGUAAAUCGACAUCUUCAAAUCCUCGUACAGCAUCCCCAUUUCGGCAAACCCACUUCACCUUCUGCAAGACGCGCCUUGAUCAACGUGCUAUACACACUCUUUCAUCUCCAUCCAUUCAAUACCUGCCAGCCCAGCCAUGUUCAACCUCUCGUUAUUCUCUAUCGUGGCUCAGCAUCUGUCGCUGACCGUAAACUUCUGGCAAUCUUCCGUCUUUUCGAGGAACAACGUCGAACUUCCGUCGCUUCAUUGCUUGCUAGGUGGACUUCGUCACCCGAGGGCUUCCAGUCAACCAGUGCCUUCGAGGCAUUGAGAGAGGUCGACUCGUUAUUGGUUCUUCGAACUGCGCUUCACUUUCCACAAUGGCGUAAAUGUGAGACCGAUGAAAACUGGGAAGAGCGGCUUGAAGACUCUGAAAUCUACGAUCCUGUGUUCUUAUUGCUUCUCUUUGCGCACGUUCUUGUAGAAGACGCACCCAAGACAACACCAGCCUGGGUGGAGCUUUUCAGGACCAAUAUCGUCGGCCUGGCAAUUCGCGCUCUUUCGGCUAAAGAUGACUCUCUGCGUGAACUUGCUUCUACUCAGAUCGCGGUUUUAUGGAAGUGUCUAGAGCAUGCCGAAAUGCUAGAGAAACCGCAUGUGUUCCACAUUCUCAGUCUUCUUCGAGAUGCACUUCGUCCUGCUCAUGGACGUGCCCCCGAGCGCCUUUCUUCAUACACCUCCCUGCUCCUCGUACAUGCCCUGCGGGGCGUUUUCUACUCAUCCAAUUUUGUGUAUCCUAUAACUGCGCGUUUCUUGUUGCAGCGUCCAACUCUGGACCUUGGGGACGUGCCUAUGCUAUAUGGUAUGCUAUACAGUAGUGCCGAGGAUCAUGGGAAGAAAGACCGUGCAUGGAUUGUCCGUAUGCUAACGGACGGAAUGCAGAGUUCCGUGGACUGGCGUGUCUUCAAGAGACGUCAUACAUGGGAUCUACUAGCCAGUGUAUUUCAAAGCGAGGAAAAAGAACGAGCGUUCAGACAUAGUGUACUUGAGGUUUUAGCAAACUUGACAUGUAUAACAGAAGCUACGAUGUCGCUGUUGCUCAAGUUUAAUCUUCUUAGUUGGAUUGAGAUGCAACUUCUUACACCUCAAGAAGACGAAGGAUUGGCGUGGCUCAAAAUUCUGGAAAACAUACUAGUCAUUUCCCGUAGUGAGAAAUUGGAAGCAUCGACUGCAGGCGAGUGGCGCGCAUGCCUUGCUCGGUGCUUGAUACUGCUCCUUGAUGCAUGUAAAGCUCUUCGUACUUUCCCGAUUUUUCAUUUAUUCUCGGGGGUUUUAUUGCGUCUUGCCCUACUGCCUGGCUCCUCAUCAACCCAAAUCUCCCGAAUCUUCACUCGCUGCGUUUCUGCGAUUAAAGAUCAAGAAAGAGACAAUAUCCUACUCUCUGUGGCCCCUUCUACCUCGAUAACAGGCCCGGGUGCGCUUUUUGAAGCGCCGCACGGUGCUUCCAGAUUAUUCGAGGUUCCACCACUUUCUGAGAGUGCUUUGUGCGAAGUACAGGGUGAGUCGAUCGAACAGUUAUGGCGUGUCGCCAUGCUAGUUGAUGUAGAGGAAAAUCUUCCUGCUUGGGACGAGUUGAGUAGUCUGCUUUUGUUAUGGAGGGCCCGUAAAGGAGAGCAUUCGGUAGUGGGUGAAUGGGCAAGGAGGGAGGCUGUAAAGAACAUGCUUCUUUCAAACUAGUGAAAGUGUAUGAACCAUUAAUCGAUAUAUGCAUACAGAGUAAUAAGUUCAUGGAGCAUCGAUAUCAUUGACUGUAGCCUGUUGAAGUCGACAGUGAUUCCAUCGAUGAUCGUGGUCUCUUAUUGUACAUCGAACCAGAGUACUGGAGAUGUCGAAAUAUUCAACAUUCUCGGGUUUCCGUUCCGGAAAGUUCGUUGCUUGUAUGUCGCGACCUACUUUUCUAACGCUUCCGGGUGGUGCUCGUAUUGCUUAUGAGCUUUUGGGCUCUGAAUGGAUAGGACACUCAAAUCCAAUCAUUUUCAUUGGUGGUGU